GGGAAAUUAUAUGUAUUAUGAUUUAUACACUCGUAUGAGCCGACGUCAACUGCAGGUUACACUAGAACGCUUGCAGACUUUCACUGGUUAAUACGCCGAGACCCAGUAGGUGUAGCAUAUAAUCAGCCUGUAAUAUCAUUGUUGUAAAGAGGUCUUCCGUUUCGUUAGGACGCCAACCUUUGGUCGAGCGGUGUCGCCAUGAUGUUCAAUACGUCGAGCAUGACGCGGGCAAGUACAUGUCGGGCUCGAAAAUGGAAAAUUGAGGCGGUAGCAGCUCCACUGAAUGCGGCUAAGGGAUCCUCCAACGGGAGCGGUACGCGUCGUGUGUUAAACGUCCAGACGACACUGGAGGACAUCAACAAGGCGCUAGCAGCCUGCAUCAAACAGGCUGGCGAUGCAAGCUCUUUUGACAAGAUUAACAAGUUGGCAACCUCAAUGCAGUCGAAGUCCACUUCCUUACUUCCAAAGAAGCCAGCUGAUUACGAGGAGUUCAUACGCAAACUUGCGGACCAGCAGCGGUCGACUCCUUAUAGAUGCUCGGAUGGCCCGCAAGAUAAGGGGCUAUUGCAAACUGGACAUCUGAAAAGGCCGAAUGAAUUCCUUUGCGAUAUCGGCACAGCAGCUCGGAAAAGGCAUGGUAAUCCCCGCAUUAAGCCAGAGAGCGCCUUCUACGAUAAGCGUACUGCUGUAAGUGGUUUCUCAAGUAAGACAGUGCCAAAUGAGGAACUCCGCUGCGACGCAAGCCGCGCGCCACGAGCUGAUGCUCCAGCGGCUGCCUCACCUGAUCCGGAGCUGUUACUGCGAGAUGACUGUGCCAAGGAUGCGUCAGCUGUCGCCAGCCGAACAGAGAUGCUGCGGGGAAAUGACGCGCAAACAGCUAUCCGUAGCGAUACAUGCAGUCCUCGCCAACCGUUGUGGAUGGAGGCCUCUGCACCGAGGGCAGAAUUCAAGCUGCAGCAACAGGCUUUCGAGUUUCUGGAUCAGCAGCGUGCGCAAUGGUUACAGCACCUACGUGUUUUCGGCAAGGAGCUGAGCGGGGAUGGCAAACGCCGCUUCUUGGUUACCACACCCGCCCGGCUAUGGGUAGAGGACGUGGAACUGGCUGAGCCGGGCAGCUGCCACCUUUAUGAAAUCCUUCGAGAGGGGUCUCCCUGCCACCUGUACUUUGAUCUGGAGUUUGUGCCGGAGUUCAACCCUGGCGUGUGCGGCGACUUGCUGGUUGACCUCCUGGUAGAUCUGGUGGCGGAGGAGCUGCUCGCAGCGUUUGGCAUUCAGAUGCCGCUGCAGGAUAGCCGUCACUGGAGGGGACUGGAGCAGCAGCAGCGGCAGCAGCAGCCAGAAGAGCUGGAGCCGCGCAGCGAUGGCAGCUGCCCAUGGGUGUGGGAGCUGUGCAGCACCACAGCUGCUAAAUUCUCCCGUCACCUGGUUAUCCGGAUUCCUCACUGUGCAUUCAAGGACAACUUCCAUGUGAACGCCUUCGUCCGCCGCCUGUUUGACCGGAUAGCGGCGGAUCCGGUGCGCUUUGGGGCUUUCUUUGUCCGGCGCUCUGCUGAUGAGGACGGUCCCCGAACGUUGUUUAUUGAUCCUGCUGUCUACACGCGGAACAGGGCCUUUCGUCUCUACCUAAGCUCGAAGGCCGGUAAAACCGCGGUACUGAGAGCAACGAGCCGCUAUGCAGUCGCGGCUCUACUGCGACAGCGCGGCAUUGCAUUCCAGGAAGGCGGCGCCACCGCCACCGCAGCUCACGCGAGGCCUUCCAGCCAGGAGCCGGCCUCAGCGCCGCAACCCACCGGCAGUGCCCCAGUCGAUCCAUUACAGCGGGUCCUAGCGGUGCCGCGGCCACAAGCGGCGGAGCGGGCCACCUGCAGUGAGGGCCCAGCCGACAGCCCUGCUACCGACCACCACAAAGAGGCUGCAGACCGCAUGGUGGCAUCUGGGCCGGCCAGCAGAGCGCCACCGCCCGCCGCGGCGGCACAGCCGCCUGACGUCGCGACCUGCGGGGGCCGCGGGGGCUUGCUGCUACCGCCGCGUGUUGAGCGGGCGGUCGCGAAGGACAUCUUCAUGGCCAGCCUGGUCACCGGAAUGAGCCGGGUGGACCGGGUCCUGACCUUGUACGAUGACUUUGGCGGCGGUGGAGCCGGGGGCGCGGGUGCCACAGCGUUGGCGGGGUUCCACGCAGCGCGGCCGAGCUACCUCGGCAUUCCGCGCCUGCCGUUGCCAGCAGGCGGUGGUGGAGCCCCAGCGCCCAGCCUGCAGCCCCACGGCUCCGGUGCUAGCAUCGGCCCGCACCAGCUACCCGGCGUGGCCGCAAUACCUCUCCAAUACGGGCCCUCUCCCUUCCCGUGUGUGGAUGAGUUCAUUGAGUCAGUCUGUUGUGAGGGUGGCGUUCAGGGCCGAGUCCGCUGCUGGCAAUACCUGGCCGGUAGCGGCAUCUUGCUCCUGUCCAUGCGCAACAACCGCUGGUGCGCCAACGUGGGCAGACCGCACCGCUCCAACGUUGACCUACGGGGCGGCACAUGGUGUCAGCGCUGCUACGACCCCGAGUGCCGGGACUUCCGGUCAGCACGUAUGCCUCUGCCCAUUCAUCUGUGGGAGGAGUGCAGGCACCGUGCCGCUGGACAACAGCAGCAGCACGAGCAGGGAAAGCCGCAUGCGCCGCCAUUUUACGAUAAAGCACCAGAUGGUCCACAUUGGCAGAAGGAACAGCGGGCUCAUGGCCAGCAGCAAGGUCGGGCAGAAGGGGAACAUGCUGCUGCAGAGGGCUUCACGGCACCCGCGACCGGAGUGAAUAAUACGUGCAGCAAGGACGACGACGAUCCCGAUUAUGACUUGCUGUGCGUGCAAGCGCUUGAGAGGCUUGAGGAGCAGAUAAUGGCAUUGAAUGGUGCGGUCUAG